CGCUGAACCGAGGGGGAGGUGCCGGGCUGCUUCUCCCGCGUCCGCCAUUUUGUUGCUGUGGCUAUUGGGCAUCGGGGUCGACAAAACCGUGCCGGAGGCGCGAAGCUGCUUCUGGGUAGGGUGCGUCGUGUAGCGGCGGGGAACUGGUGCGAAACGGGGUCACCUGACGGUACACGGAGCAGCGGAGAACCCCCGAGGCGGCCUCCGCCGCGGCUCGGCGUCGCCCACCCCGACUGCCCCCAGGGCGCUCCUCUCCACCGUAUUCUCUGGACUGGCUCUCUCGGCAGGGCGGCGGCGGAGGAUGCUGCGGGCCCGGGGCCGAGAGGAAGGUCCCGGCCCGGCCCUUUAAACGCUCUCCCUGAGGCUUCUUCUUCGGUUCCCCGAGCCGUGUGUGCCUGGCAGACUUCGCACAGCCGCCGCCGCCCAGACCGCUCAAGCCCGGUCCCCGAUACCACCAUGUCCUCCGCCAGGUUCGACUCUUCAGACCGCUCGGCCUGGUACAUGGGGCCAGUGUCUCGCCAAGAGGCUCAGACCCGGCUCCAGGGCCAACGCCACGGCAUGUUUUUAGUCCGGGACUCCUCCACCUGUCCCGGGGACUAUGUGCUGUCUGUGUCCGAGAACUCGCGGGUCUCCCACUACAUCAUUAAUUCCCUGCCCAACCGCCGCUUUAAGAUUGGGGACCAGGAGUUCGAUCACUUGCCGGCCUUGCUGGAAUUCUACAAGAUCCACUACCUGGACACCACCACGCUCAUCGAGCCAGCGCCCAGGUAUCCAAGUCCACCAAUGGGUUCUGUCUCAGCACCCAACCUGCCUGCAGCAGAAGAAAAUCUGGAAUAUGUGCGGACUCUCUAUGAUUUUCCUGGAAAUGAUGCUGAAGACCUGCCCUUUAAAAAGGGUGAGAUCCUGGUUAUAAUAGAGAAGCCUGAAGAACAGUGGUGGAGUGCCCGGAACAAGGAUGGCCGGGUUGGGAUGAUUCCCGUCCCUUACGUUGAAAAGCUUGUGAGAUCCUCACCACAUGGAAAGCAUGGAAAUAGGAAUUCCAACAGCUAUGGCAUCCCAGAACCUGCUCAUGCCUAUGCUCAGCCUCAAACCACAACUCCUCUGCCUUCAGUUGCCGGUCCUCCUGGGGCAGCAGCCAACCCUUUGCCAUCCACGCAGAACGGGCCUGUCUUUGCAAAAGCAACCCAGAAAAGAGUGCCCUGUGCUUAUGACAAGACUGCCUUGGCAUUGGAGGUUGGUGACAUUGUGAAAGUCACAAGGAUGAAUAUAAAUGGCCAGUGGGAAGGUGAGGUAAAUGGGCGCAAAGGGCUUUUUCCCUUUACACAUGUCAAAAUCAUUGACCCUCAAAACCCAGAUGAGAACGAGUGAUCACUGUGGCCCUAUUUCCUGCUGCUUCAUUGUUCUGCCUGUCAUAGUCUCCUUUGAAGUGGGAAAGCAUUCUCUCAUUUCGCAGUUGACAUCAGCUUCCUGCAGACUGGUGGUCUCACCCACAUUCAGAGUGCACACAGUGGCUGCCUCCUCUCUAGCAUCUGUCAUAGUCGUGUUGUCACAGUAGCCAAUUUUAGAGUUCUUCUGGAUCAUAAACUGGAAAUGCUGGUGGAAGCACACAAAUGGGGAGAAGUCAAUGGAGAGUCUUCCUUCUCAUCACAGCCCUGUUGGGCAUGGGGCUCAUUCUACUGUGUUUGUCAUGGAAAGUUUGAGGUCACGGCAAGAAUCCUGCCUAUUGCUGUUGCGCAAAGCAGUGACUGCCACCGACGUGGUUUCCUGUGGACAACAGGGGUGAGCCUCAAGAGGAUUCUGUCCUGAACCCUGCAGUCCCGCAGUUCCACCUUCUUUGGUUUGGUUUGGUUUUGGAAGAUGUUAGAGUUGUGUGUUCUGAACAGAUUAAUAGCAGGUUGGAUUUUUGUAAUAGUCUAAGGAAUGACUAGUGCCUCUGAGCUUCCAAACUGAAUCUGCUGUAACUAAAGGAAUAUGAAAAGACUAGCCCUGAAGCAAAGGCCUUUAUUGUCUCGGUUGCCAAUAGUCUUUUGCCAUAUUACUGACAACACACACACACACUAACAAUCAUGGUGUGCCACAUUGUGCUAGGCCUUGGAUUAUUUUGUUCCCAAGAACAAAGUGAGGGUAUGAUUGGGGAAUCCAUUGCUUUCAUUAUUCAGCAAUGAUAGGGGCAGUGAAGGCUGCAACAUUUGGCCAGUUUUCUGUCUAACUUUUCAUUGAAUAUGUCUCUUUAAGAACUUAAAUUUGGGGGCUGGGGACAUGGCUCAAGGAAUGGACCCAAGUUCAGAUCUCCAGCACACAAGUAAAAUGUAAGGUGAGGUGACACAUGCCCAUAGUCCCAGUGCUGGGGAGGUAGCGACAUCCCUGGAGCUCACUAGCUAGCUAGUCUAGCCAAGUCAUUGAGUUCUGAGUUCAGUAAGAGACCCUGUGUUAGUAAGGUAGAAACUGAAGAAGACACUCAACCUCUGGUCUCCACCCACAAAUGUGCUCAUGCAUAUAUCCCUCAAAAAAGGAAAUUUGUUUAAAGCAUUAGGUUCUUUGUAGAAUUACUGAAUUCAUUAGUGCAUCAUGGAAUGGGGUUGCUAAGGUCCAGUCCUGAAGCCUGCUCAGUACUCCCUGCCCAAGCCCAGUCUCCUCUGGCAGCUGAGAACACCAGUAGAAUCCUGUGCUGCCUGCUGCAGAUGCUAGUCUCUGACUGUAAUCACCUGAGCACAGGCAGUGCAGGCUCUGGAAGCUGGUUCAUGCUCUGAGGUCUAGCGUGGGGUGACUAGGGAGAACCUGAACUGAUUUGUUUGUUGAUGUUGGAGCAUGUCCAUGUUAGCUAAAAGAGGUGUGUUUAAGAGCCAGACAUGGCUCGUGCCAAUAACCCCAGCAUUUGGGGAGGAUGAGGUAGGAGGGUUACCAUGGGUUGAAGGCCAGCCUGAGCUACAUUGAGACACUGCCUCAUAAACAAAGCAAAACAAAAAACAAUAAACGGUGUAUUUUUACAAGCCCGCUGGUACAAAUGUUUGAUCCCUCACCUGAAAAUGGCAGACCUGAAUUUUGGAAUCUUUAUGUGAUUGGGGUAGCUCUCUGUUAGAUCCUGAUGAGGACCAGCCUCCAUUGAGAAUGAAUACAGCAGACCUAGGAAUGUGGCAUUGGCCUAAUGAGGACUCAUUACAGAGCACCUGCUGUGUAACUGGCCAAGGUUGUGGAGAUUCUUAGGUUUUUGAGGCUGACAGGUAACAAAACUAGCAAAAUCAUUUAUCCUUGGGUUUCUACGUAUAUCAGACUGACUACCAUACUGAAGAAUCUAGAAGCUGGGUGUGGUGGUGCAUGCCUUUAAUCACAGUGAGUUCAAGGUCAGCCUGGGCUAGAGUGAGAGCUUACCUUGGGGGGUAAAAGAAAAAAAGAAUCUGGAGAGACUUUCUAUGACAAUAUAAUAGUUGGAAAAAGAAAAUGACUGAAUCUGCCCAUCUGUGGGGUUUUUUGUUUGUUUGCUUUGUUCUUUUGUUUUUCCAGAAAAAGAAUUAGAGGUCCUGUUGGCUCUUUCUUAAUCAGAGAGAAGUGUGCCUUUGCCACCUCCUUUUCUGAAGGUUAUCCCUUGAAGUUGCUGUUUCUAGCCAGUCUGGUGAAUGGGCUUACUUUGAGUUCAAGUCCCCAAACUACCUAGAGACAGCACUUGCCUUCUGGCCAGUGACCAAGCUCAGCCAUACUGUAUCUUGGCACCUGUACCAGAGUGUGGCAGAAGGUAGAAGGUGACCUUGUUCAAACAGGGUGCAGACUUUAAGAAUUCUACCCCCAUGCCCUUCUUAGUUCCUGGUAGAUUGAACCCCAGGUCUAUCACAUACUGGGCAAGCACCCUACUAUAAGAGUUCUUUUCUAAAUUUUGAGAUUGGAAUCUCCAUAAGUUGGUCGUGCUGGCUUCAAACUUUGAAUCCUCCUAACUCAACAAGUCACCACACCCAGCUCUUAAGGCCUUUUCAACCCAGAUUUAACUGAAGGGAGCAAUGUGUUUUGAUUCUAAAAAUGGGCUCAGGACAAGCAGCAUGUCAGCAUUUUUGAAAGCAGGGUUUCCCAGCUGGCUGACCCCACUCCAUGCAGAGCACUUCAUAAGCAAAGCUCCCCAUAAACUUUGAGUUUGGUUUACAUAAUGAAUUACUUUGGCCCAUAUACAUGUCUCUGGUUUCCCCGGAGAGUCAGAGCUCAAGAUAAAGGGAACCUUAAGCUCUGAACUACCACAAUAUGUGCCAAAACUCGUAACUUUCCGACUUGCAGUUUUUAAUCAGGUAGGGAAAUUUUCCCUUUCACAUGAAUGAUGGAAAGCCUCAUGCACGCCAGCCUCAGCUUUCUUCCAUGGUCCUGCUUGUCUGGCAACACACUUGGGCCUUGAAGAGCAGUGCAGAGGAGCUCUUAUGUGAUCAUUGUUACAUGCUCUGCUGUACCAUGUGGUAGAAAAUACUGGAAUGAAGGGUUUGCCUUGUAAGCAUGAGGCCUUGGGUUCAAUCCUCAACACCACAAAAGAAGAAAAUACUGGUGUGAUACUCACUAAAGCUUUUCACCUGGGAAGAAAAUGUUCUAGAGGGCACUGACAAAAAUCUGUUUGUCCUGGGCAGAACUCCUCCUACACUGCUUGGUGCCACCAGACACAUGGUUAACAGGGUCAUUCAGCAUUGGCUUUGGUCAUCCAGGUAGCAUCUUCUGCACUCUUGGGAAGGGGGAAGAAGAACCACACUGCCCCCUCAGAGCAUCACACUCUGGCACUGUGCUAGCCUUCCUCUACAGCUGUUUACAGACAAGGCAGGCCAUGGCCACUGCUCUUGUAACAUUUGCUCAGAGGAAUGUGAACAUUUUAUUUUUUGAAAAGGGAUGAUGUUUUUGUGCCAGGUGUUUAUAAUUUAAUCUUUUAAUAUGGCCACUAACCCCUUAAAAAUGAGUGAAUUCUUGAUUAUUUUAACACAGUACCUAAGACUAAUGCUUUCUAUUGGACACCACUGAACUCUGCCUCAAAUUCCACCCUCUGGGACCAGAGAACCAUGUCCCUGAUAACUGCUGUCCAAGGGAACACUGAGCUGCUUGUGUAUUCUAAAGGAGCAGGACAGUUCUCUGAGACAGGAUCUUUGUCCCUACAGGAGGAACAGUGGCCUUGCUUCUAGACGGUCUUCACUGUGUGUUUUAAAACAACAACGUAAAACUUUUGACAUGUAUAACUUAAGAUCAUAAACUUCAGGCAAUAAUAUUUUCUGUGUAAGCUUUUAAAAUUAUUUUUGGGGAUCAUAGCUUGUUUUAUUUUGUGCUAUAAAAUUAACAGUAUUAAAUGACUUAUAUUCUUAGAAUACAUCAAGUGUCUUUUCUUAACAGAUUAGUGCCCUUUUAUUUUUAUAUUCCGUUUUACGUUUCUGGUCCCAGCAUCAAAACCCUUGUUUCCAUGGCCUGUUUGUACAUUGUCUCAAUAAAACUUGCAUCAGCCGGUGGUGGUGGCA